AUGUCUCCUAAGGCCCAAGAAAUGGAAGUUAUGCCAGUGUGGAAACCGAGUUGGCAGCUCAAGUGUAUAUUUGCUGUCGUCGGAUUAUUGAACUUCGUUGCGGCUCUGGAUGCGACGUCGAUCUCGGUUUCCCUUCCGACGAUCUCUGAUGAUCUUGGCGGCACCGCAACGCAAGCCUUCUGGACAGGCACCUCUUUCUUAGUCGCAUCCUGCGUCUUCCAACCAAUCUUUUGUCUCGCAUCUGACAUCUUUGGUCGCAAAUCUAUCCUUCUGCUGGCCGUUGCCGCAUUUACCCUCGGUUCAAUACUAGCGGCUGUCGCAAAUGCAUUUACUCUACUGCUCGUCGGUCGAUCGAUCCAGGGUGUGGGCGGCGGAGGUAUCAUGGUCCUCACGGAGGUACUCAUCGCAGAUCUCAUUCCCCUGCGGGAGAGAGGGAAGUGGUUCAGUAUUCGGUCUGGAACAUGGGCGCUGGGUACCGUCACCGGUCCCUUGAUUGGCGGUGCUUUCACCCAGUCGGCUGCGUCGUGGAGGUGGAUCUUUUGGAUCAAUCUGCCCUUCUGCGGAUUGGGGCUGGUCCUGAUUCCCAUCUUCCUUAAGUUGCAGAAAAGUCCCGUUCCACUGCGAGAGAAUCUUGCAAAGGUCGACUGUGUUGGAUGCGUCCUGUUUGUGGCGUCCCUGACUUCAUUCUUGAUCCCGCUCACCUGGGGCGGCAUCAUGUACCCCUGGGACUCGUGGCAUACUCUCGUUCCUCUUCUCCUGGGCGUGGCCGGACUGGUUGGGUUCGGUGUAUAUGAGACGCUGGGUGCAGCAAAACCUCUCGUGCCUCUCCUCAUCUUCAACAAUCAGACCCAGUCGGUCAGCUACGCGGGCACGUUCCUCCACGGCAUGAUCCUUUGGGCUAUCGUCUACUACUUACCGCUCUACUACGAGGGGGUACUGGGAUACGGCCCCGUCGUCGCCGGCUUGGCUGUCUUCCCCGAGUCCCUGACCGUCGCACCCAUCUCAGUUAUCACCGGCAUCGUCGCCGCCAAAGUGAACAGCUACCGCUGGGCCAUACGGUCGGGAUGGCCAAUAUCUGCCCUGGGAUUAGGUCUCAUCUGCCUUUUGGAUGAGAACUCCACCAUCCCGAAAUGGAUAUUCGUCAAUCUUGUUGCUGGCAUAGGUCUGGGCAUUCUGUAUCCCACGGUCAUGCUCGCCGUCCAAGCCGCCGCAGACCCGGCAUACCUCUCCAUCUCUGUCACAAUGACUCCCUUCUUCCGAGUUCUUGGCCAGGCGGUUGGCGUCGCAAUCGGCGGUGUGGUCUUCCAGAACCGCAUCAAGCACGAAUUCAGUCACCACCCUCAGCUCGGUCAGACGGCAGGCGCCUAUGCACAGGAUGCGUCUAGCUUGGUGAAGUAUAUACACACUCUGCCGAAAGAUGGUGCAGAGCGUCAAUUGAUUGAAAAACUGUACGCCAAGUCACUGACGAUUGUCUGGGCUGUCAUGUGCGGGAUUGCCGGAUUGGGAAUUGUCACGGCUCUGUUCACGAAGGGAUACACCUUGAACCAGGCGUUUAGCUCUAAGCAAGGGCUGGAGAAAGCGACGUUUAGUGAUAUUGAGUCACUUUCAGACCACAACGGUGAAUAA